AUGUCGGGCGCACGGCAUUGGGAACAGGACAAGGAGGCCACUGUCUAUAUUGGCAACCUCGACGAGCGAGUCACUGACAGCCUGGUAUGGGAGCUGAUGCUUCAAGCCGGUCGCAUCGUCAACGUCCAUCUGCCCAAAGACCGAGUCACGCAGACUCACCAGGGCUACGGAUUCGUCGAAUUCAUCAGCGAGGAAGACGCCGAAUAUGCCGCCCGGAUCAUGAACCAAGUCCGUGUUUACGGCAAACCGAUUCGCGUGAACAAGGCCUCUGCAGAUAAGCAGAAGACUGUAGAAGUUGGCGCCGAGCUUUUCGUUGGAAAUCUUGACCCUAUGGUCACUGAGCAGGUGCUCUAUGACACUUUCAGCCGAUUUGGGGCUCUGCUCUCUUUGCCCAAGGUUGCUAGAGACGACGCGAAUCUAUCCAAGGGUUAUGGCUUUGUGUCGUUCGCCGACUUCGACUCUUCCGACGCUGCUAUAACAAAUAUGCACGGGCAGUAUCUCAUGAACAAGGAAAUAUCAGUGCAGUACGCCUACAAGAAGGACGGCAAAGGCGAGCGGCAUGGUGACGAAGCAGAACGCAUGCUUGCUGCUCAAGCUCGCAAACACAAUGUUCAACCACAAACCCAACCAUUACCACCAUCGCAUAUGAUGGGACCAGGACCUGGUAUGAUGCCCGGCAAUGUGGUAAAUGGAGAUGGGCCACGCCCGAUGCCUCCAACUGGCCCGCCUGAUUUCGCCGCGGGUAGAGGCCCAAUACCUAUGCAAGCUGGUCAACAGCCACCCAGACCUCCGUCACAACCGUUAUCUACGGCCCACCCAGGUUUGCCAGCGCGGCCUCCUCCCUCUCAAGUAGGAUUCGGUAGCCAUCCACCCCCACCACAAGGCUUCCUUCCACCUCCUGGCUUCAACAAUGUUCCUCAACAGCCCCCCUUCUCACCGCAACCCCCAGCACCAGCCGGCUUUGCUCCACCUGCGGGUUUUGGAGGGCCAUCACAAGGGGCACCGCCACCUCUGCCUCCAGGCUUUCAACCACCUGGUUAUGCUAGGGCUCGUUGA